CUCAACAAAUGUUGUUUUCAUUCAACUGCAUUAUUCUCCAGCCACCCUACCUCUUUUCCCUCAAUAUUCUCUCAAUUGGCCUUGGAAAUCCAAUUAUAAAUCCUUUCCAAAAGCUUAAUAAAAAUAAACCCACAUUUUUCCUUGUGCUCUUUUUUCUCAUGGAACCUUCAGAUGUUUCAUGUGAUUCUGAUAUUGUUUCUAGUACCAAUUACCAUACUGAUAUGGAGCCACUUGAUCUGUUUCCAGGUGCAAUACAUGAGUCACUUGACCCUAUGCCAUUGCUGAGUUAUGAAAACCCUAAACCCUGCAGUGAAGAAGACAAAGAGGAUGUCACUGUGGCCUUGCAUAUUGGUCUCCCUGACCCUUCCAAUGACUCUAAUACCAACAGCAGCAAGGAAAACAUUGCAAAUGGAGGUGGUAAACAGUAUUGGAUCCCAACUCCUGAACAAAUCCUCAUUGGUUUCACAAAUUUCUCUUGCCAUGUCUGCUUUAAAACAUUCAACCGGUACAAUAAUCUUCAGAUGCACAUGUGGGGACAUGGUUCUCAAUAUCGUAAAGGACCAGAGUCACUCAAAGGAACUCAACCUCGAGCCAUGUUAGGCAUUCCAUGCUACUGCUGUGCUGAAGGGUGCAAGAACAACAUAGAACACCCAAGGGCAAAGCCAUUAAAAGAUUUCAGAACAUUGCAAACACAUUAUAAGAGGAAACAUGGGCUGAAACCCUUCAUGUGCCGCAAGUGUGGGAAGUUCUUGGCGGUGAAAGGUGACUGGAGAACCCAUGAAAAGAACUGUGGCAAGCGUUGGCUUUGUGUUUGUGGUUCCGAUUUCAAGCAUAAGAGAUCACUCAAAGACCAUAUCAAGGCAUUUGGGUCUGGUCAUGGUCCUUUUCCUCCAUCAUUUGAUGGGGUUGAGGUACUUGAAGAUACUGCUUCUUCCCUACAUGUCUGAAAACUUCCCUCAUUUUCAAACUUCUAAUAAAAUAUAUAUAUCAUCCUACUA